AUGACCAUUUCAUUCCUUAUCCUAAUUCACAAUGUGAAUUCAGCAUCAUUCACAUUCCCAAACUUUUGGUCACCCACAAAGGACAUUGUCUUCGAGGGUGAUGCCGAUUACUCAAACGGCGGUUUAACUCUCACAAAGAUUGUAAACAGUGCUCCCAUUGGCAACAGUGCCGGCCGAGCCUCCUAUUCUUCCCCCGUGCGCCUCUGGGACGCCAACACCGGCAACCUCGCCGCUUUCACCACCACCUUCUCCUUCACCGUGGAACCAUUCCUCUAUAAACCCUUCGGUGAUGGCAUCGCCUUCUUCAUUGCGCCAUUCGUAUCAGAGCUGCCCAAAAAUUCAAGUGGCGGAUACCUAGGGCUCUUUAACGCCGACACUGCUUUGGAUUCUUACAAAAAUCAAAUAGUUGGUGUUGAGUUUGAUUCGUUUAGCAAUGCAUGGGACCCUAACACUGCUCAUAUUGGGAUUGAUGUGAAUUCCAUUGCUUCAGUAACAACAACGCCAUGGCAACCGGGGAAUGUUGCGUCUGCCACAAUUGAUUUUGAGCCUGUAAACACAAACUUAAGCGUUUCUGUGAGAUAUGUGAACGGGAGUUCGAGUAGUAUCUCGUUUGUGAUUGAUUUGAGGACUGUGCUGCCUGAAUGGGUUAGGGUUGGAUUCUCUGGUUCAACCGGACAAGUUGUUGAAGUACACAGGAUUCUUUCUUGGUCUUUCAAUUCAACUUUCUACUAG